AUGACUCUCGAGGUUGACUUUCCAGCCCCACUCUCGCCCACCCCUUUUGCUGGGAAGGUGAUUGCAGUUACGGGAGCAAGCUCUGGUAUCGGUUUGGCUACUACACUUCUCCUCUGGACACGUGGUGCCACAGUUUCCGCCAUGAGUAAUAACGCCAAGGGAAUAGCAGAGCUAGAAGCGGCACUCCAAGAAAAGUCGAAGGAGGCCUUACCCGGCCAGAAGUUCUACACCAAGGUGGCCGAUGUUAGCAAAGAGGGCGAGGUCAAGGCUUGGAUCGAUGAGACCAUCGACAGGUUCGGCCAUCUCGACGGGGCAGCCAAUAUUGCUGGCGCCGUCCAUAACUACAACAAGAUGGCCGAUACCGUCACAGAAGACUUCGACUUCUCGAUCGACAUGAACACAAGGGGUGUAUACUACUGUAUGCGGUCCCAGAUUCCCCACAUGAAGUCUGGAUCAGCUAUCGUCAAUAUGAGCUCGAUCUCGGCUACGCAGACGGAACCAGGCAUCAGCUUGUACGGCGCUUCGAAAGCGGCAAUCAGUACCUUAAGCACAGCCACAGCGACCGAGUAUGGACCUAAAGGGAUUCGGGUCAAUGCUAUUGCAACAGGGUUGACACUCACGAGGCGUCUCCUGAGUGUCGCGAAAGAAUAUGUUGAACCUGGAAUCCAAGCCACAGCUCUUAAGAGAGGAGCUAAGCCUAUGGAACAAGCGCACACUAUUGUGUUCUUGCUGAGCGAUGAGGCAAGCAAUAUCACGGGAACUGUAGUUAGAUGCGAUGGAGGUGCACUUGCCCUCCAGUAUUAG